CGUCAGGUGUAUAAGCCGUGUAGCCUCUCACCUGUAACAGGUGCGGGUUUUAUUUCCCCAGCGAAAACCAACAGAAGCGGUUAUAACUCCUUUGAACAGUCAGUUUUACAAUGAGUAACCCCAUACCAUCCAGCUUAAAAUCUGAGGCCAAAAAGGCUGCCAAAAUUCUGCGGGAGUUCACAGAAAUCUCAAGUAGGACUGGACCGGACAAGCUUAUUCCACCACAUGUAAUUGCUAAAGCCCAGGGUCUGGCCAUUAUAUCUGUCAUCAAGGCUGGGUUUAUGAUCACUGCACGAGGAGGAAGUGGAGUUGUUGUGGCCCGACUGCAUGAUGGCCGGUGGUCUGCUCCUUCUGCUAUUGGAAUUGCUGGACUUGGAGGAGGGUUUGAGAUUGGUGUUGAGGUGUCUGAUCUGGUCAUCAUCUUGAAUCACAGAAGGGCCAUUGAUGCUUUUACAAAGGGUGGAAACCUCACACUUGGAGGGAAUUGUACUGUAGCAAUUGGACCAGUAGGAAGGAAUGUGGAGGCUGAUGUGGCACUAAGGAGUACCGCUGCAGUUUUCACAUACUGCAAGUCACGUGGCCUAUUUGCUGGCGUGUCCUUAGAGGGUUCCUACCUCAUUGAACGGAAAGACACAAACAGGAAAUUUUAUUCCCAGGAUAUCCGGGCCUCUGCCAUCCUGAACGGAGACGUGGAGCCCCCAGAGGCCGCCUACGACCUGUAUGCCAUCCUAGAGGACUACACUGAGAAGUACACCACAGAAUGGCAGGCCAAGAACCUCCGCCACACUGUUAAGGCGAGCGAGCCUCCAGCAAGACCAAGACCUCCAACACAGAAACCAUCUGUGAUGCGUAGGGCUGAAGAUACAAAACCAUCCCUCUACCCUGAUGUCUCUGCCUUUAGAACGAGCACUUCAAGCAGAGCAUCAGACAGCCCACUCAUCGUCACAGCGCUACAUCCAUUUGUGGGUCAACAGCCAGGGGACUUAAGCUUCAACCCUGGUGACAAGAUAACAGUCAUUACCAAGACUGACUCGCAGUACGACUGGUGGGAGGGCCAACUGAGGGGACAGGUUGGCAUCUUCCCAGCCAACUUUGUGUCCUACAGCUGAAGGAGACCCAUGCUUCUCUUGGAUCUAAGGCAAAGGUAUUGCUUGGCCCAACAGGUGUGUUUCAAUGGCAUAACACUGGAAGAAAUGUCUUCUGACUCCCUGAAGCUCACAUGUUUUAUACCACCCCCCCCAAUUUUAUAUCAUUUCCCCCUCUCUUACACUUUAGUCAUCUGCAAGGGUUAAGUUAGUCUAUCUAGUUAAAGGAUUUUGGCAGUUAAUGCACUUGGGUGCUAGUUUUAAAUUUGGGAUUCAUUAUAAGAAUCUUUUACCAAACCUCUUUCUAUCUUGGCUUUUGAGAGACUAUUCAUUUUACCAGGGACUACAUUUAAUAACUUUCAUUACAGAUAUGUUCCAAUAUUUAGUUAUUUUCAGAAAUAUGGGACUUGGCCAAAAUGGUAAUGUAAUAUGGGUUAUGGUUUUUCACACUGCACUUUUCACCUGGAUUGUGAUCACCAGUGUACUAGCAUGCAAUCACUGGACCAACCAAUCUGAGAACAGGUUAAAUGGGUGGUAAAAUACUGCUGACUUGAGGUAAUGUGAAUGCAGUAACUGAGAAAUGUGAAACAAGAGCUAGUUGAGACUGAUGCUUUUAAGUGAACCAAAUCAGGAGUUGGAUUUUCUUCUCUCUCCUAAAUAAUGUUGAUGCAUGUGCCUUAACUUCAAGCCUUCUUUCCUUGGGCUCUGAGUUGUCCACAGUCAGGCUUUUCAUAGCCAUGCUCCUCAUUGCCUUUUGCCUGUGUUUAGUUAUACACUGAAGACAACCUAUCUAUAACAUCAAAAACAGCUUAUGAAUGUGUAAAAUGUUAACUGGCAUAAGGGAUUGGUAAUCCAAAUGUGACCACCUUGAACAUUGGUGUGGUUUCCCCCCCCCCCCCC